AUGACCUGCGAGAAGAGUCAACUCAAUGAUCGGAUCGAUAUCGAUCUUUCAGGCCCCGUCAAGAGCAUGAUUUCUGGAAUGGAAACUUGGCUUACUUCUGAGGACCCUGAAGAGGCGGAGCAGGCACGGGUGAGUUUCGUGGCUUCUGCUCCAUUGGUCGAGAUGACCAUUCUUGCCUCUGCGACACCACGAAGGUUCUCCCAUACGGAGAGUGACAGGCUGUGCAUGAUACCAAGGGAAGCAAGGGUUGGCGAUAUGGUCUGUAUAUUUAUCGGCGCCGAAUUGCCCUUCGUCAUUCGUCCCACGCUGCAAGGGAUGUACGAGAUGAUAGGUGAUGCUUAUGUCAGUGGAAUCAUGGACGGUGAGGCUCUUGUUUCUGGUAUCUAUGACCAAGUAGAGAUCAUUUUGGAGUGA